UUGGACUUUGCCUUCUAUCAUAAGGCCUCGGUGUUGUUGUGCGUUCUGGUCAGUUAAGUGAAAAGAAGCAGUGGGCUUGUUAUGAGCGGGACUUGGUCGCAUGGUUGAAGCACGAAAACAGCAUGAAAGGGACUUGAGUGUUUUAGCAGCUGCAAAGUGCGUCUGUAGCACCACCAACAUUGUUGGCUUGGUUUGGAGCUGCCAUUAAUCAACGCCAUCUGCUGCGAUAGUCAAAGAAUAGGUCAAAGAAGGCCAAGUACUAGUAGUCUAUUGCCCUGCUCAGUUAUAGAAGAUAGAGGAAGCAAGCAAGAUGUGUUUCCAAAGCUUAAGUCCGGGAGUAACCGCCACUGGCAGCAAUGGGACUCCUGUCGCUUCAGCCAUCAAAUCUCCUCACUGCACCAACAGCACAACUACAAGCACUACUAACAACACUACUAACACUACCAUUACUACAAGCACUACCAAGAUGGACGUAUUGGACUUUGCCACUCUCGACGAAUUGGCCAAGACUCGAUCGGAGCAACAGGAAGACAUGUACCCUCAGGAGCGUCGGUUUUCUACGGACACGUGCAGUACGGACACGGACAGCACCAUUGCUACUAGUACUGAUAGUGCUAGUGCGUGUGAAGAAGAAGAAGGUACUAGUAGAGUACGAUGCUCAGUCCAGUUUGACUUGCGCCAUGUGAUUGUCGUGGAGAUUGAACGGUCCUUCGAGACCAAUCAAGAAAAAGCGGCGCUUUGGUACAGCAAAGCCGACAUUGCCCACGCCACGGCAUUGGAGAAACAGUGCGUCCAAGACUUUGCCGAUGCGAGUCCCAAUUACAUGACUCAAUUGCUCCAGAUCUGGAGGACCCCGUGCAUGGACACGCAAGUACUCGAUAAGCUCGUCUUGCCCAUUCACGAUACUCCGCAUCGAGGACUCGAGAAACACUGCCUGAAAGCCAUGAAGCAGCGUCGCGGCAUUGUGCUGCGUAAAGUACUCCAAGCGCAGCACGAACUCUAUUUUUGUGUAGCGGAUCCACACGAACGAGCAGCGCUACUUCGGGAGCAAUGCCAACCACUCUGUCGUACUUCAGCUAGGUUUGCAAAGGCCAUGGCACAAGGAGAUGCCAUGGCGGCGGCUUACUGA